AGGCUCAGCCGUUGUGAGCGUAUGUAUGCGGCAGUUCGACGAUGCGAUCUCGAUCACUGUUGCCAUCAUCAUCGUGGUCACUGUGGCCUUCGUGCAGGAGUACCGCUCUGAAAAGUCGCUCGAGGAGCUCAACAAGCUCGUGCCGCCUACCUGCAACUGUCUCCGAGAGGGCAGCCUCGAACAUUUCCUAGCGCGAAAUCUCGUACCAGGCGACAUAGUACAUCUCAAUGUGGGCGACCGUGUUCCUGGGGAUUUACGUCUUUUCGAAUCCACCGACCUGGCCAUUGACGAGUCGUCUUUCACCGGUGAAACAGAGCCGGCGAUGAAAAGCGUGCUGCCGAACAAAGCAUCUGCCGGGAGAGUGAAUAAAGAUAAUAUCGCAUUUAUGGGAACGUUGGUACGAUGCGGAAACGCCAAGGGUAUUGUGGUCAGCACUGGAGAACGAUCAGAAUUCGGCGACAUAUUCCGUAUGAUGCAAGCAGAAGAGGCACCAAAAACGCCGCUACAGAGGUCCAUGGACACUCUAGGAACUCAAUUGUCGAUGUAUUCUUUCUGCAUCAUCGGUUUCAUCAUGGUAGCUGGGUGGCUGCAGGGUAAAGCCUUGCAGGAUAUGUUCACUAUUGGCGUGAGUCUUGCUGUUGCUGCAAUUCCUGAAGGUUUACCAAUCGUGGUGACGGUGACUUUAGCUCUUGGAGUGAUGCGAAUGGCUAAACGGAAUGCUAUAGUAAAGAAGUUGCCCACUGUCGAAACUUUGGGCUGUGUUAAUGUUAUAUGCAGCGAUAAAACAGGAACCCUAACGAAGAACGAGAUGACAGUGACAACCCUAUCUACCUCGGGCGGCCACAUCGCUGAAGUGACGGGCACUGGAUACAACGCACACGGGGACAUCCAAUUACGGGCUUAUAAAGGGCGUGAUUUGGACGUUGCACGUAUGGGUGUUUACAGCAUGCUUGAGGUGGGCGUAGUGUGUAAUAACGCGAUAAUCCGCGACGAAACGUUGUACGGGCAGCCGACAGAGGGCGCUUUACUCGCUUGUGCCUUGAAGAACAACAUGCACGAAGUGCGCGACCAAUAUAACAGACUACAUGAGAUACCGUUCAGUUCGGAAACAAAAAUGAUGGUAGUGAAAUGUGCACCAAAGUUCGCCGACAGCAAGUUACGAGAAGAAGUGUUCGUGAAGGGAGCCAUCGAAAAAGUUCUGCCACUGUGCAACCAGUACAUCGACAGUGCCGGCAAUUAUGCGCCCAUGACCAAAGAGAAGCAGAACGACUUUAUGAGCGAAGCUUAUAACAUCGGACGUAUGGGUCUGCGCAUAAUCGCGAUGGCGCGCGGCGAAAGCCUGGAGGCUUUGACGUACACGGGCGUGUGUGGCGUGUGCGAUCCGCCGCGGCCGACUGUACGAUCGGCAGUGGAUACGUUGCGCCGCGCCGCUGUCGACGUCAAGAUGCUCACGGGAGACGCGCGGCCUACAGCUCUGGCCGUCGCACAAAUGGUCGGACUGGAUGUUCUGCACUCGCAGUCGUUGUCCGGCGAACAGCUGGAUUCCAUGUCUGACGAUGAGCUCGAUCGGAUCAUCGAAACUGUAAGCGUGUUCUACAGAGUAACACCGAAGCACAAGCUGGCUAUUGUAAAGUCACUGCAACGACUGGGCAACAUAGUGGGCAUGACGGGAGACGGAGUCAACGACGGUGUCGCCUUGAAGCGAGCCGACAUCGGCAUCGCCAUGGGCCGUAACGGCACUGAUGUCUGUAAAGAGGCUGCGGACAUGAUUUUGGUUGAUGACGAUUUUGCAACGAUUAUUGCGGCGAUUGAAGAGGGCAAGUGCAUAUUCUACAACAUCCGCAACUUCGUGCGCUUCCAGCUCUCUACUUCUAUCGCCGCGUUGUCGCUGAUCGCGCUGGCCACCCUCAUGGGCAUCCCCAACCCGCUUAACGCCAUGCAGAUCUUGUGGAUCAACAUCAUUAUGGACGGUCCCCCUGCACAAUCACUGGGUGUGGAGCCAGUGGACCACGAGGUAGUCCGACGUCGUCCCCGCGAUACAUCCAAGCGCAUCAUCUCACGGGGCCUUCUGGUUAACGUUCUGCUCUCUGCAGCCAUCAUCAUCGCUGGCACUCUCUGGGUCUUCAACAGGGAGAUGUCGGACAACAAGAUCACUCCUCGGGACACGACAAUGACGUUCACUUGCUUCGUUCUGUUCGACAUGUUCAACGCGCUCUCUUGCCGCUCGCAAACUAAGUCUAUCUUCCAAGUCGGAUUCUUCUCAAACAAAAUGUUCCUGGUGGCAGUAACUCUUAGUUUAAUCGGACAAAUGUUGGUUAUCUACUUCCCGCCGCUGCAGCGGGUGUUCCAAACAGAAGCCAUCACUGGACAUGAUCUUAUAUUCCUCGUAUGCCUCACUUCAAGCGUAUUUAUAGUGAGCGAAGUUAAGAAACUACUCGAGCGCUCAUUCAAGAAGCGGAACUUCAACAACUUCUCGGCGAAGUCACGCGACGCCAUGGACUUCGUAUGACAGGAGUCCGAACGGAAGGCCCAGUAAGCUGUCACUGCGCCUAUUGUGCUAGCUCGGUGUUAGAUUCAUCGGUGUUACCCCAUCCUACUUGUGACGUGUUGCAUAGUGUCAGAUCUAGUGAUAGAGAAUUGGUGUUACGAGUCGAUCCUGGUCCUAGCACGUCGAUGUCGCACGAUUGCCGUGACAGCUGCAUCUUUAGUGACAAUUGCCAGUGCAAACAAACUAGCCAAUUAUAUUCGAUAUACGAUGGCAAAAUCGAUAUCCCAUAAUUUUAUUUUUGAAGGGACACAGUAUUUUUCCCCG